AUGAGUGAGAAUAGAAACAAUAUCAGAGUAGUGUGCCGUUUUCGACCGCAGAAUUCUCGUGAAAUAAGGGAAGGUGGUGUUCCCAUUAUAAGCUACGAUGAAAAUGGCGAAACAUGUCGUAUGGAGGGUAAAGAAUUUCAAGGAAACUUCACAUUCGAUCGGAUAUUCCCACCAGAAACACAUCAAAAAUUCUUUUUUGAUGAAUCUAUAAAACCUAUUGUCGAUGAUGUCAUCGGGGGUUAUAACGGUACUGUAUUUGCCUAUGGUCAAACGGGUUCCGGUAAAACGCAUACUAUGAUGGGAGACAUGGAUAACGAAGAAUUUAAAGGUCUUAUACCUCGUAUUGUGGAACAGAUCUUUCAAAGUAUCAUUUCUUCUCCAUCCACAAUGGAAUAUACCGUAAAAGUCUCUUAUAUGGAGAUUUAUAUGGAGAAGAUUCGUGAUUUACUUAAUCCCCAAAACGACAAUCUUCCUAUCCAUGAAGAAAAGAAUAGGGGUGUAUACGUUAAGGGUCUUUUGGAGGUCUAUGUCAGUUCCGUACAAGAAGUGUAUGAAGUAAUGAAACGUGGUGGUAACGCUCGUAUUGUAGCUUAUACAAAUAUGAAUGCCGAAAGCUCUCGAUCACAUUCAAUCUUUGUUAUUACUGUAAAUCAAAAGAAUCUCAGUGAUGGAAGUGUAAAGAGUGGUAAACUAUCUCUUGUCGAUUUGGCAGGUUCUGAAAAGGUCGGUAAAACUGGUGCUUCUGGUCAAACUCUAGAAGAGGCCAAAAAAAUCAACAAAUCAUUAUCAGCGUUGGGUAUGGUAAUUAACGCCUUAACGGAUGGAAAGUCAACACAUAUUCCAUAUCGUGACAGUAAGCUUACUAGAAUUCUUCAAGAAUCCCUUGGUGGUAACUCCAGAACAACUUUGAUUAUAAAUUGUUCUCCAUCAUCUUUCAAUGAAGCUGAAACGCUAGGUACAUUAAGAUUUGGUAUGAGGGCCAAGAGUAUUAAGAAUAAAGCCAGAGUCAACGCUGAACUUAGUCCUGCUGAACUUAAAGCACUUCUCAAGAAAGCUAAAAGCGAGGCUGUUAGCUUCCAACAAUAUAUUUCAGCUCUGGAGGGAGAAGUCGGUGUUUGGCGUUCUGGUGGUUCGGUUCCAAAAGAAAAAUGGGCCUCCAUGGACAAAGCUGGUUCAGCUCCAGCUCAACCUCCAACACCAACUACUCCAGCUAAUCCAGCUAAUCCAGCAAUUGAAGCUGCAAAGAAAGAAAUGGAUUCUCGACCGGGUACACCUGUACCUAUAUUAGAGAAAGAUGAGCGAGAAGAAUUCUUAAAAAGAGAAAAUGAGCUUACGGAUCAAAUUGCCGAAAAAGAGACAGCAUUAGCAGCUCAAGAGAAAAUGUUGUCCGAAAUGAGAGAAGAGCUUGGAUCGUAUAAGGAACAAGAAGAAACGAUCACAAAGGAAAAUAAACAAAUGGCAACCGAGCUCAAUGAUCUUAAGGUGCAAUUAGAGAAGGUUACGUAUGAAAAUAAAGAAGGUUCCAUUACAAUGGACAGUUUGCGUGAAGCUAAUGUGGAAUUAUCCACCGAAUUAGAUGCACUUAAGAAAUCACUUUCAGAUCUCAGACUUGCUCAAAAAGAAGGUGAUAAAGAGCAAAAGAAACAAGAGAAAAUGGCUGCUAUGCUUGCCGAGCUUGAUCCAUCGGGCGUUAUCUCAAAAAAGGAACAACAAAUUCGGGACACCUUACAUAAGCUCGAGACUAUCGGUGGUGAGAACAAUACAACUCUUACGGUGGAAGAACUUUCAACAUUACGACGCGAAUUGGCCGAUUCGAAGAAUUUAGUUGCACAACAUGAACAAACAAUUAACGAAUUACAUUAUGAAAAUGAACAUUUGACAAGGAAGAGAGAUGAACUUGAAAUUCGCUUGACCACACUUGAACUUGAAUACGAAGAAUUGUUAGAUAAGACAAUUGCUGAAGAGGAGGCAAACAAUAACAUAGACAUCACCGAGACGAUAGCAGAAUUAAGAAGAGCUAAUGAAGAAUUACAGGUAAAAGUAUUUCCGAAUGACAAAACGAGUGCUAUCAAUGAUAAGGAAACAAAAUCUGAAGGACAAAAGACCGUUGCGGAGAAAGAAAAAGAUAUGGAACGUAUCCGCAAGACAAUGGCACAACAAUUGGCCGAUUUUGACGUCAUGAAGAAAGCUCUUAUGCGAGAUUUGCAAAAUCGUUGUGAAAAAGUUGUAGAACUUGAAAUCUCAUUAGAUGAGACAAGAGAACAAUAUAACAACGUUUUGCGUAAUAGCAAUAAUAAAGCACAACAAAAAAAGAUGGCAUUCUUAGAAAGGAAUUUAGAACAACUCACAAAUGUACAGAAACAACUAGUAGAGCAAAAUUCAUCUCUUAAGAAAGAAGUAGCUAUCGCAGAGCGAAAACUUCUUGCCCGUAAUGAACGUAUCCAGGCUCUGGAAGCCUUAUUACAAGAUGCACAAGAAAAAUUAACCACACAAAAUCAAAAAUUCGAAGCACAAUUACAAGCAGUCCGAGAACGUCUGGAACAAGCACGAUCCCAAAAAUCGAAUUCCCUUUCCGGCCUAAGUUUCGGUCGCAUUGCCAAACCACUCCGAGGUGGUAUGCCAGUCCACGAAAGCAAUGG